AUCCUGUGCAUUUACUGAGAGAAGUGUUGGGGCUCUGAGGCUCUAGGACGUGAUCCUCUUGGCAGCAUGCCUAGUAUUCCACUCUAGGGCCUAGGUUCCUGCAACACCUGCUCUCCAGCUCACAGACUUGCCCGCUGUCGCUGCCCUCAGCCAUCAUGCCCCGGGGACGGAAGAGUAAGCUCCGAGCUCGUGAGAAACGCCGCCAAGCCCGAAGUGAGACCCAGCAGGCACAGGAAGGAGAGUCCCCCACCUGCUCUUCUCUCUCUGGAGAUGUUGCUGCAAGCACCUCUGCUACUGCUCUUCCUCCGGAGUCCCAAGAAACUCCACCCAUUCCCCCUCCUGCUGGUGCACCUUCACAAAAAAGGUCUGGUAAAGGUGCUAAGGGCAGGAGGCCUGAAAGGGCAACUUCCUCUGAGGCCACACUCUCUCCUGCUAACAUAGAAAAAAAUCUCAUAAUGCAGAAGGCAGGAUUGUUGAUUCACUACCUGCUGUGUAAGUAUAAAUUGAAGCAGCCUAUGAGAAAGGGUGAAAUGCUAACGAUUAUCCACAAAAGGUUCCGGCGGCAAUUCCCUGAUAUCCUCAAGAUGGCCGCUGAUAGGAUUGACCUGCUCUUUGGUCUUAAGUUGAAGGAAAUCAAGCCUGGGAGUGGCUCCUACACCCUUAAUAGCACAGUAGAUGACCCCAACAGUGGGAGUUCAGAGGGUGGCUUGGACUUCCCCGCAAAUGGGCUUCUGAUGCCUCUCCUUGCGUUGAUCUUCUUACAUGGCAACUGUGCCUCUGAAGAACAUAUCUGGGAAUUCCUGAGUGUUUUGGAGAUUUAUGAUGGGGAGGAACACAUCAUCUUUGGUGAGCCACGAAAGCUCAUCACCCAAAAUCUGGUAAAGUUAGAGUAUCUGGUGUACCGCCAGGUGCCUUACAGUGAUCCUCCAUGUUUUGAAUUCCUGUGGGGCCCAAGGGCAUAUGUUGAGACCAGCAAGAUGAAAGUCCUCGAGUUUUUGGCCAAGAUUAAUGAAACCAUCCCUAGUGCCUUCCCUUUCCAUUAUGCAGAGGCUUUGAGAGAGCAGGAAGAGCGGGCCCAAGCCCCUUAGUGGUGGCUCUACUUCUGUAUUUACUUAAGUUCCAGGGAAUACUCCAGCCACUGUAUCCCAUAGUGAGGUGUAAGGCAAAUAUUUCUUGUAUUUUUGAGGAGGGCUUCCUACCUUACAAAUAGUGGUGGGCAGACAUGGGGCUAGACGGGUCAUUAUACUUGUAUUCCUGUUACAUUUUAGUAUCUUUCGAAUGUUUUUUUUCUCUUUUGAUAGAGUAUUUGCUUAACUUCAGAAUCCAUGCUUAUGAAUUAACCAUCUCACACAUUCAUUGUUGCCACGAAAUUUAUGUGUAUUAAUUUU